GACAACAUAUGACAUUGACUGUUGUGCAUUUUGUAUUUAGAGAUGUGAAAUUUCAGAAACUGAAAAGCCUAAUAUUCUCCUUCAUUAUUGAUUUAUGUGAUUUACUAACCGAAUUAAAAAAACCAUUUGUUCAUAAUAUUGUGAUUGAACUGGAGAGUCACCAUCUCUGAAAAAAUUAUUAUUUGUUCUGUCCUUCGUUUAUUUUUAGAUUUAAUUUUGAAAACCAUUCUAUGAGCUCUUCAGAUUCCAGUGAGAAACAAGACGAAGCUUCAAGGAACAACCGUGAGGCCUCGUCUAGUAGUCUUGAUAAUAAUAAGAAAGAAGACGAAAUGAAAAGAGCAGCAGCAAAAAAACUUAUUGAACGUUACUUUUAUCAACUAACCGAUGGUUGUGGCAAUCCCCAUUGUGAUAAUAAAUAUUGUGCUUCAAGUGGAGAUUUAAAACCACUCACACCUGAUGAAGCAGCUGCUCAAGCUAUUCAGUUAUUUUCUCAGGAUGCUAGAUUAUGUGAGCGACAUCCUAAUAAAAUAGCCAGAACUCAGGCUAAUUCAAAUAUUGAGAGUUCCCUAAACAGACAAAAAAUGAAUUCUGAAACUAUAACAAAUGAUUUAGUAUUAAGUCCAUCAGGCAAUGAAGAAUCCAAAAGCAGAAAUUUGCUAAACACAAGUUCAGAAUACUUAUAUCUGACAGAACAAAUACUUUAUGACAUAAUAGAAGAAUGUGAGGCUAAUGAUUCUUACUCAAAGCUCAUAAAAACUUUGGGAAAGGUUUUUUGUAAUAUUGAUUGUUUAGCAUGUAGUUUUUUACAAACAGAAACACCUGAUAUAGAGGAAAAGUCUUUUGAUAAGGAUACAGACAAAGUUAGAGGUUUGAAUAAGGAAGAGGUUAGAUCAUUAGAGGGUGAAAAAGAUAAAGAUGAAGACUCCUGUGUUGAACCUAGUAAAAAUUCAUUGGCGCCAGUUGAUUUACCUUCUGUUAGAAGGGCAUUCGCAGCUCUCUUCAAAUUGAAAACUUCAAUUUUUGAAAAUGCUCUGGUGAAUGCUCUUGUUGCUCUAGCUGGAAAUUUGCAAGUGCAGUUGCCCACAAGGAAGGAUAAAGACAAUCAAGAUGAUGUGGUGAACGUCUUACUCAUUGUGUUCGAAAUUCCAGCUCUAGGAUCUGGGGAUUUUCUAGAGACCGGUCUACCUGCCAUCUGUAGAGCUUCACAGUGGCUCACUGUGAGCGUACAAGCCAAAUUAGCUAAGAUAUGGUCUUCUCCUGUUGGCCGAAUUAGUCUAAGAAGUAUUCUGGAGAAUUUACAACAGUUGAUCACACUGAAAGUGAUUGUUACUCAGUUUCAUAGGGAUUUUUAUGUCCAAGAUGAGAAUGUGAUAACCUCAGCAACCAGAUUAAUUAAGAUUUUAUACUUCGCAAAUAUGUUAGCUGGAACACUAGAAUCACCUUGUUCUGCAGAAGAACUAGCAGGAUCUAUAGAUAGCCUAUAUCCAAUACCAAAAUCACAGAAAGCAGUGCCUCAUGUCGAUCCAUUAGCCUAUGAGUUGGGAAUAAAUGUCCUGAAUUGCAGAAAACCACAUUUACCUUUUGAGGAAUUCUACAAUGAACUUCUCAGUGACGCCGUUGAAAUGGAUCGAGAUUUUGCUAAUUAUAAGAGCGAAUUGGGAAAAUUCAGUUUCAUGCUUUAUCCGUUCAUCCUGACCCCUGCUACAAAAACCAUGGGAUUAUAUUUUGAUAGCAGAAUUAGGAUGUAUUCGGAAAGAAGGAUCAGUGUUUUGCAAGCAUAUCGUGGAACUCCAUCUAACCCCUAUUUGAAACUGAAAGUUCGGAGAGAUCACAUAAUAGAUGACGCUCUUGUUGAACUUGAAAUGCUUGCAAUGGAGAACCCUAAUGAUUUGAAGAAGCAGUUGGUGGUUGAAUUCGAAGGCGAACAAGGAAUUGAUGAAGGAGGCGUCUCAAAGGAAUUUUUCCAAUUAGUCGUUGAGGAGAUUUUCAAUCCGGACUAUGGAAUGUUUGUCUUACAAAAAGAGACCCAAGUAGUUUGGUUCAACCCCACGAGUUUUGAAAGUGAUGGACAGUUCACACUUAUAGGUAUAGUACUGGGAUUAGCGAUCUACAACAACGUUAUUUUAUCAGUCAAUUUUCCCAUGGUAUUGUACAGAAAACUGAUGGGUAGGAGAGGUUCAUUUGAAGAUCUUAAAGACUGCAAUCCUGUUUUGUAUAAUAGUUUGAAACAAAUGCUGGAAUAUACUGCCCCAGAUCUUGAAGAUGUAUUCAUGCAAACAUUCAGUAUAAGCUACGAGGACGUAUUUGGUUCAGCCAUUAAUCACCAGCUGAAAGAGAAUGGAGAUGAUAUCCAAGUUACACAAGAAAAUAAAUUUGAGUAUGUGGAAUUAUACGCCGAUUUUCUCCUGAAUAAACAAGUGGAAAAGCAAUUUCAUGCAUUUUAUAAAGGAUUUCAAAUGGUUGUAGAUGAAUCGCCAUUAGAACUUCUCUUUCGUCCUGAGGAAAUCGAGCUUCUUAUAUGUGGUAGUAAAGUGUUUGAUUUUGAUGAAUUGGAGAAGUCAACAGAGUAUGAUGGAGGGUACAGUAGUAAUUCACAAAUAAUAAAAGAUUUUUGGACCAUUGUACAUUUAUUGUCAGAUGAAGAUAAAAAAAAGCUACUGCAGUUCACAACAGGUUCAGAUCGGGUGCCAAUAGGUGGCCUUAGCAGAUUAAAACUUGUAAUUUCAAGAAAUGGACCAGAUUCAGAUCGACUGCCCACCGCUCAUACUUGUUUUAAUGUUUUACUUCUACCAGAAUAUUCAUCCAAAGAUAAGUUGGAAGACAGAUUAAUGAAAGCUAUAAGCUAUUCGAAAGGCUUCGGAAUGUUGUAAUUCCAUGUACAUAGUAUUUCAUACAAGGUGUUCCAAAAUGAUAUGCUGUCAAAAUACAUCUGCUCUAAAAAGUGACUAUUGUUUCUUGGCAUGUUGAAGUAUUUACAUUGUAAAAAGAGUAGGUAGCUGUGAAUUUCUUGGAUUGUGAUAUGUUGUGAAGGGGGAUGCUAGUUUGAAACGCCUUGUAUAUUUAUGAAAAUUGAUAUGUUAUGUAGGUAGGGACGAACAUUUUUUACUACGAUAUAUUGAAUAUUCUCCUACUAACAUAACGGCAAUAUUGAAUAUAAUUUUAUUUUAUUGAUCAUGUUCUGUCAUGGUUCAACUUGUGAAAUAAAGACAUGAAGAAA